GUGUACAAGUUUCGCCACCCACAUCCUCGACAACGGGAAGACCUGAAGAUCUAUGAGAGCCACGUGGGCAUUGCGUCGUGGGAGGGCAAGGUGGCCACCUACAGACAGUUCUCUCAGAACGUCAUUCCAAGGAUUGCCGAUCUCGGCUGAUGGCUGUCAUGGAGCACGCCUACUAUGCCAGCUUUGGGUACCAGGUGACCAGCUUCUUUGCCGCCUCCAGUCGCUACGGCAGCCCCGAGGAGCUGAAAGAGCUGGUGGACACGGCCCACAGCCGAGGAAUCACCGUCCUACUGGACGUCGUCCACAGCCACGCCUCCAAGAACACAGUGGACGGACUCAACCAGUUUGACGGGACCGGCUCCUGCUACUUCCACGACGGGGCCCGAGGCACGCACGACCUCUGGGACUCAAGGCUCUUCAACUACACACAGUGGGAAGUUCUGCGGUUCCUGCUGUCUAACCUGCGCUGGUGGGUGGAGGAGUACCAAUUUGACGGCUUUCGCUUCGACGGAGUGACGUCCAUGCUGUACCACACCCACGGGAUGGGCCAUGGGUUCAGCGGGCACUACGACGAGUACUUUGGCCUCAACACCGACACAGAGUCCCUGGUCUACAUGAUGACUGCCAACCACAUGCUGCACAGCCUCUACCCUGAGUUUAUGGUCACCGUGGCCGAGGAGGUGUCUGGGAUGCCGCUGCUGUGUCGCCCGCUGCUGGAGGGGGGCGGCGGCUUCGACUACAGGCUGGCCAUGGCUAUACCCGAUGUCUGGAUCAAGGUGUUGAAGCACACGUCUGAUGAAGACUGGAACCUGGACUCCAUCGUGCACACGCUGGUCAACCGGCGCUACGCGGAGAAGUGCAUCGCCUACGCGGAGAGCCACGACCAGGCUUUGGUGGGGGACAAGACCAUCGCCUUCUGGCUGAUGGACAAAGAGAUGUACACGCACAUGUCCGUUCUGUCGGGGGACAAUGUGGUCGUGGACCGAGGCAUGGCGCUGCACAAGAUGAUCCGACUCAUCACUAUUGGCCUCGGAGGAGAGGCCUAUCUCAACUUUAUGG